AUGGGCGCCGCGUGCUGCCGCUGCCAGCACCUGGACGACCCGCUGCUGUCGCUGCCCCGCGUCUCCGCCGCCGCCAUGAGCGCCAACAUGAACCAGUUCUACGUGCCGCCCCCCGCGCCCGCGCCCUCCUCGUCGUCGUCCCAGUCGCUGGCCAACUACGUGUCCUUCCCCUUCCCGUUCGUCUCCAAGCCCAAGGCCGGCGCCUCGCAGGCCAAGCGCAGCAAGAACAAGGCGGCCAAGAAGCCGCACGCAGCGCCCAGCGACGCGCCGGUCAGAGCCGCCGCGGCCGCGCCCUACGUGGGGGAACACUGGCGCAAGACGGGGAGGGGUAGAUUCGCCCCGCUCACUCUACUGGAGCUGGGGGUGCGAAGUCUGUGUGCCCAACUUCUGGUACACCAGCAGAGCGCUCUACAGCACGGCACGCUGCCGCCAGAACUCGCCGCCAGCGUGCUGCAGUGGCUCAAGAGGCACUACGUGCUGGACAAGCCGCAGUUCCAGGCGCUGGCGCCGUUCCUAUUGCUGGAGUGGAGCCUGGCGGACCUGCAGGGCGUGGAGGACUCGUGGUUCGAUGGGGUGCCUCAGACGACGCUGCAGCAGCUGAAGAGCAUCGACGUGUCGGGAUGUAUCCAUCUGCACCAGUUGGGGGCUGAGUGGGGGUACGCUACGACGAAGCUGCCGGAGUUGCUGGCUGCUUCGUUCCAAGGAUGCACUGGGCUGACAAAAGAAUCAAUCGAGAUGUUGAGGUUCUCGACGAAGCUGGCGGCGCUCAACUUGUCCGGGUGUGUGAAUGUGGAUGACAAGAGUCUGAAGGCGCUGAGCGAGCUGGAACAAUUGACAUCGCUGCAACUGGUUGGCUGCCGAAAGUUGACAGAUAAGGGAGUCAAGUACCUGGCCAAGAUGGCAAAACUAGAAAAACUGCGUAUUGCACGCUGUAGAAAAUUGACCGAUGCGGCGCUCGAAGAUUUUGCGAUGAUGUUCCCGAAAUUGCGAGAGCUGGACGUCGCAAACUGCCGUUUGAGUGAAAAGGCACUGCAGUACAUCGGCCAGAUUAAGAGUUUGGAAGUGUUGGUGAUCCGUGGGUGCCAAGAUAUUUGUGACGAUGGAAUGUCGUCACUUUCAGGUUUGGCAAACUUGAAGUACUUUGACGCGCGACACUGCAGCAAGAUCCAUUCCAUCCCGACAGAAUGGACCCAGCUCGAGGUUUUACUGCUCGGAUACACCGCCUUUGCCGAGUCCGAUGCAGCUGUUUUGCAGUAUCUUACCAAUUUACACGAGUUGGAGCUUCGCAAGUGCCGAAUUAUGAAAAGAGGAUUUCAGUUUAUCAGCCGACUGACACACUUAGAACGCCUGGAACUUGGUGAAACUGCACUUACAGACUCUGGGCUGCUGGAAAUUUGCAAUAGUGCUAAAAGCUUGAAGGCGCUCAACAUUUCCAACACCGAAAUCAGUGACAACGGAGCGGCUGGGUUGGCAAAACUGAAGGAGUUGCGCAUUCUUCGUCUAGAUACACCGGGGAUCACAAAUAGAGCGCUGGCGAACCUGUCGUUUCUGGCACGACUUGAGCGAUUGGAUUUGUUCGGCGCAAAUAUCACCGACAACGGGCUUAUGCACCUCGUGCCGUUGCAUAAACUCCAAGAGCUGUCGAUUUGUGGAGGCAACAUUGGCGACCGUGGUGUUGGGCUGAUUUCAAAGUUGACGUCCUUGACGUCAUUAAACCUGAGUCAAAAUAGAAAUAUCCGGACCAAGUCGUUGUUUUACCUUCGGGCACUGACUGGACUACGGUGCUUGAAUUUGUCUAACACGGGCAUCUCUGCGCUAUCACUCCGCCAUUUGUCUUCAUUAAAGGAGUUGCAAUCCCUGUCCGUGUAUGGGUGCUCGCUGUCGCAAGGCCAUAUCGACGUUUUGAGAGAGAUCUUACCCGAACUCAAGUGCCUGCGGUGCACAUGA